AUGGACUCGCCACUGAGCCUCACCGCGCUGCUCGCCCUGUCGCUUGCCCUGCUGCUAGCGAUGCUCUACGCCGUGCGCCGGCGCCGCGGCGGCGCCGGCACGAACCGGAAGUACCCGCCCGUGGCCGGCACCAUCCUGCACCAGCUGCUCAACUACGACCGCCUGAUGGAGUACCACACCGAGCACUCCCGCAGGCACCGCACCUUCCGCGUGCUCACCCCGACCUGCAACGACGUCUACACCGUCGACCCCGCCAACGUGGAGUACGUCCUCAAGGCCAACUUCGCCAACUACGGCAAGGGGGCGAUGAUGCACGACGUGAUGGAGGACCUCCUCGGCGACGGCAUCUUCAACGUGGACGGCGCCAAGUGGCGGCACCAACGGAAGGUCGCCAGCCACGAGUUCUCCACCCGGGUGCUGCGCGACUACAGCAGCGCCGUGUUCCGGGACACGGCCGCCGAGCUCGCCGCCGUCGUUGCCACCGCCGCCGGGGAGGGGAAGGUGGACGUGCACGACCAGCUGAUGCGGUCGACGCUGGAAUCCAUCUUCCAGGUCGGGUUCGGGGUCAGCCUGGGCGCCGUGUUCGGGUCCAGCAGCGAGGAGGGCGCGGCGUUCGCCAGGGCGUUCGACGACGCCAGCGAGCAGGUGCUGUACCGCUUCAUCGACCCGUUGUGGAAGGCCAAGAGGCUCCUCAACGUCUUGUCGGAGGCGGACAUGAAGCGCUCCGUCCGCACCAUUAAUGAUUUCGUCUACGCCGUCAUCGACAGGAAGAUCGAGCAGAUGGGCCGAGGCCAGCAAGAAUUCGCCAAGAAAGAGGACAUCUUGUCGAGGUUUCUGCUCGAGAGGCAGCAAGACCCCGGCUGCUUCGACAACAAGUACCUCCGGGACAUCAUCCUCAACUUCGUGAUCGCCGGCCGCGACACCACGGCGGGGACUCUGGCCUGGUUCCUCUACGUGCUCUGCAGGAACGAGGCCGUCCAGGACCGGAUCGCGGAGGAGGUACGCGCCGCCACCACGGUCGGCGACCGCGACGUCGGCGCCCAUGAGUUCGCCGCGAGACUGACGGAGGACGCCAUCAGCAAGAUGCAGUACAUGCACGCGGCGCUGACGGAGACCCUCAGGCUGUACCCCGUGCUGCUGCAGGAUGCCAAGUGCUGCUUGUCGGACGACACGUUGCCGGACGGAUACGCUGUGAGGAAAGGGGACAUGGUGAACUACCAGCCGUACGCCAUGGGAAGGAUGGAUUUCCUAUGGGGCGCGGACGCCGAGGAGUUCAGGCCGGAGAGGUGGCUCGACGACGAUGGCGUCUUCGUCCCGGAGAGCCCUUUCAAGUUCACGGCCUUCCAGGCAGGGCCUCGCAUCUGCUUGGGAAAGGAAUUCGCGUAUAGGCAGAUGAAAAUCUUCGCGGCCGUGCUUCUCUACCUCUUUAGAUUUGAGAUGUGGGAUGCCAAAGCCACCGUGAGCUACUGGCCUAUGCUCACGCUCAAAAUGGACGGGCCGCUCAACGUUCGUGCUUCGCCCCGGCGAUGA